AUGUCGUCCUUUCUCACACCCACGAAGAAGUCCCAGAAGCCGACGGUGGGAAAGUCGAAGCCGUUCCAACCCCCGAACCGUAUUCGAGCCAUUCGAGAACAAGCCGAACGCCAGCAGGCAAACGCAGCUGCCGCCGCCGCUAAUGCUGUCGCCCAGGCACAACUGAACCGCUCCAGAGCCCCGACGGUCGCCGUGUCGAACCGCCCGCAAUGCCCAAACAAAACCUGUGUCAAGCCCAACGUCGUCGACGGCGUUUGCCAGACCUGUGGUCGAGUUGCCGACGACAGCAACAUCGUCGCCGAAGUACAGUUUGGUGAAACCUCUUCGGGUGCCGCCAUGGUCCAGGGAAGCUACAUUGCCGCCGACCAGGCCGGAGUGCGGACAAUGGGCCCUGCGUUCCGCCGCGUUGGUGGCUCCGACGAUCGAGAAAAGUCCAUCCGCGAGGCUCGCUCCUUGAUGCAGGGUUACGCCCAGCGACUGAACCUCAGCGACAACACUGUCAAUACCGCCGUCCAGGUAUUCAAACUUGCAUCUCAGGCCAACUUUGUCCAAGGUCGCACGCUUGUGAUGGUUGCCGCCGUCUGCCUUUACACUGCUUGCCGUACCGAGCGCCCUUGCAAGAUCAUGCUCAUCGAUCUUGCCGACCUCACGCAGAUCAAUGUCUUCAAGCUCGGCCGAGCCUUCAAAGCCCUGAACAGAGUUGUGUACAUUUUUGGCAACGGAGAGGCCCCAGUGUUCCCUGAAGACAUCCUGUUCAGGCUCGCCUCCAAGCUCGAGUUCAAGCACAUGACCAACAGGGUCGCUGAAGAUGCUGUCCGCCUCGUCCAUCGCAUGAAGCAGGACUGGAUCGUCAUGGGCCGUCGCCCUUCCGGUAUUUGCGGUGCUUGUUUACUCAUAGCCGCUAGAAUGCACAAUUUCCGGCGCACGACCAGAGAAGUCGUGUACGUCGUUAAAGUCACGACACAUACUAUACAAGAGCGUCUUCAGGAGUUCAAUGUUACUGAGGCUAGUAAGAUGACGGUGGAGGAUUUUCUGUCACAGGAUUUCAGCUCCAGUUCGCAUGACCCACCUUCAUUCUACAAAGGCACAGAGGCUUGGCAGAAGCAGCAGGAGGAGCUGGGUAAGAAGCGGAAGCGCAAGCUUACAGAUGAGGGCGACAACACCAGAGCCACACCAGCACCUUCGCUCCCACCCCCCGAUUUGUCUGCGGCUCCCGCCGUCGAGUACCGCCGAGACAAGGACGGCUUCAUCAUCCCUCCACUCCCCUCUCAGAUCGCUCAGGACGAGCCGGCCCUCCGAGACACGAACAGCACCCAGCAUCUUGAGGGCUUGGCGGAAGAGUUUGGCGAUGCAGAGAAGCAGAGUGAAGAGUCGUCACAGCAAGAUGGCAACAGCAAGAACGGACGCCAGCCGAAGCCUUCCCUGCCCAUCGACAAUGAGUGGGAGGAGGACGAGGCCCAGAUGGAGGAACAGAUCUCGGAGAUCAUGAACGACCCCGAAACGUACGAGCAUGCCAAGGCUUUCAGUAAUGCUGAGCAGCGUGCCCGCAUCCACUCCAUCUGGGCACUCCAGCAGCAGCCCAACAAGGCCGUAUCGAUGGCACCGGAAGUUGGCGAAGACGAGUUUGCCGAUGACCCGGAGGUGUUGAACUGCAUGUUGACCCCCGAGGAGAUCAAAAUCAAGGAACUGCUAUGGGUCAACGAGAACAAGGACUGGUUGCGUCAGUCGCAGGAGCGCCUAUUCAGAAAAAAGCUUGAAGAGAAGAAACCCAAAAAGGACCGCAAGCGGAAGAAGCGCCCACGUAUCGGCGAGGGUCAGACGACUCCUGCUAGCACGCCCGGUGAGGCGGCAGUCAAUGUCAUGAAGGAGCGAGGCUUCUCGAAGCGCAUCAACUACGAUGCCAUCCGGCAGAUGUUUGACGUGCAAGACAAAGGAGACCCGGGAUCCCGGCCGGAGAGUGAAGCCGCCAGCCGUCCGACCAGCAAGGCGCCUAGCGUGGUUGACGAGGCCAUCCAUGAAGAGGAAGAGAUUGAACCUCUUGAGGGUGAAGAGUACGAGCAUCAGGAUGAUGAGUUUGGCGGCGGAGACGACUACGACAUGGGCGACGAGUCUCACAUGUACGAUGAGGACGAUCAGGGGAUGGAAGACGAGGACGACGAUGACGACGACUUUGGACUGAAUGAUGACGACGAGUGA